AUGUCCUACCGCCGAGGGCUGUUGCACACUGCAGAAGAAUCGCAGACUCCACGACCUUUUGAUACUGCGCAGCAACAGACGUAUCACGCUCCCCUGCCGAUCGGACGUGCCAUGUCUGCAACGGAGUCCUGCACAGAGUGCGAUAUUUCCUUGCAGGCUACAACAGCUUCGCUUCGCUUCGGACCACCGUUCUGCAGCUGCCCCGCUGCACAUAUUACAACAACCGGCACCGGCGAAGCCCUGAAAAGCGCUGGUGCGCUUCGCAUGGACGUGCGCGGCCUGCUCCGCAGAAGCCCUGCUGAGAGGGAGGCGAACAAAGGCACGCUCCAGCACGGCACGAUCAUAUUUGGGAGGCUGUGCAUGCAGGCCUUCGUCACAUGCAUAGCGGCGAGUAUGCUGGGAGACACCGCACUAUAG